GCCCCAGUUUGAUUUCAGAAAAUGGUACCAAGUUAUGAAGAAAACUUUUGAAGAGAAAAGACGAAAAUGGGAAGAAGCAAGGGCCAGGUAUACUUGGAAAACCAAAAGGCCACUCUACCGUUCACACAUCGAUAAGUCAGUCGUAUAUAAGAGAAGAGAAAUGGUGGAGAAUCUUCAGAAACAAUUUAGUGCCCUGGUUGGUUCAUCACCCGUGGUUGAAAAGCAGGCCCCUUCAAGUUUUCAGUUCAACUGGACUGAAGAAGGCACUGAUAGCCCUUGUUUCCAUGGACAUAGCCUCCAGGGACUCCUGAUAACGAAAGGCCAGUCCUUGAAAACCAAGAACUCCCUGUAUUGGCUCAGUACCCAGAAGUUCUGCAAAAGCUAUUGUAAACAUGUGACAACUUACGAAGAAUCAAAUUUUUCUUUGAGUUACCAGUUUAUACUAAACAUCUUCUCCUUCUUACUGAGAAUAAAGACAUCUGCUCUCCAUGAAGAAGUGAGCUUACUUGAAAAGAAACUUUUUGAAAAAAAAUACAACGAAUCAAAAAAGAGCUCAAGAUCCAAGAAAGAAAGAAGACACUAAGAAGCCAGAGAGGGGCUUGCUUUGACAGGCACCCUUAGGACAAGGGCGUCUUAGUGCUGCAUUCCAGGGAAUUGUGUGAAGUCUACUGUUGAACAGUCAUACACCUUGGCAUGUGUCUUUAUAUGCAUUGGAAGAAAUGCUUUGAAUUACUUUCAUAAAUAUUUUUUCAGAAAAUUAAAAUAAGUAAUACAUAAGUAAAUGACACCUGGAAA